AUGUCGAAGAGGCAAAAGAGUUUUUUAGGAUUAGAUGUUUUAACAAAAGCUAUUCUAGAACAGCAAGCAAAAAUCAGCUCAUUAACGGAAGUAAAAAACUCUUGUUUGAUUUGUGUUAAACAAUUCCAAGAUGAUAUAACCGAAUUAAAAUCAUGCUUACUUAAAUUUAAAACUGCAAUGAAUUCCAAAGCGGUUCUUCAUGCUCAAAUUCCAUUAUCUAACGAAAGUCAGCCGACGUUAAAAUUAUUGAGAAAUUACAUUGUCCAAUUCAGCAUUACUUCACAGAUUCCUAUGAAUGAUGUUUUAUGCUCGGUCAAAUAUUCGAAAAAUGGUGCGUAUUUCGCAUUUUCAACUUAUCUAAAAUUAUUUUUAUACGAUGCGAACAAAAACGAAUGCAUACAAGCAGUCUCCCUUCCUUUUGAUACCAGCAAAGCUUACGAAAAGGCCACAAGAGACGUAGUUUUUUCACCAGAUAGCAAGUAUUUGGUUGUUUGUGCCGCAGACUUUUCAAUUUUCGCAUUCAACGUCCCAAUGCUUACUCAUGCUGCAACCAUUCAAAAAUCAUCAGAAGCGGCCGCAGCAAUUGCGUUUUUCAACGACGGUAAACGACUCAUUACAACCAACAAAAAUGGCGUCAUCAAUCUAUGGAGUUUACCACAGUUCGAACUUAUUAAGAGUGUUAAAUUCGCGAAAAACCAAAAUAUUGUUUCAGUUUUGAUAACAAAUGGCGACAGCAGCGUUAUUGUUCUGGCAUCUAAUAGCGAUAUAUGCUUUUACGAUUCUAACUUAGCUCAAGAACCUCAGAUUGUUUCGGCAGAAUCAACAUUCGUUUACAGCGGCGCAUUAUCGCGUAGUUCAACAUAUCUUUGCAUAGCAGCGCAGGAUCCUAACGCUAAAUUAUUUAAUUUAGUCGGAAAAUUUAGAUUGGAAAAGAACUUGGUUGGUCAUACAGAUUAUAUUAUCGGAGUUGAGUUUUCCCCUGACGGGAAACUCGUUUUUACAGCAUCAAAGGACGAAACAAUACGAGUUUGGGACGUAGAAACAGGAGAAAUGCUUGCUACAUUGACUUGUCAUCAUAAUACAGUUUUUGCAGUUUCUCAUCAUCCUACAAGGAAUCAGAUCAUUUCGUGCUCCGGAGAUGGGUCAAUAUGUAUUACCUCAUAUACUAUUGUAAAUAAAUAA